UUUCAAGGCACAGGCAAUGGCAGUGGAGAAUGAAUGCUCCUUCUCGCAGUCAUAUCUUUGCAGUUGCAGAGGAAGCCUACAGCCUGUCCCAGACCUCCGAGGUUGCUCCCAAUAUCCUGCUCAGCGGACACAGUGGUUCUGGGAAGACGGAAGCAGUGAAGCUCAUAGCACUCUACCUGGUAACCUUGUCCACAAGGCAGGAGGACAAGAUUUUGCAGCUCGAUAACUUCCUUAGUGUCCUGGAAAGCUUCGGAAAUGCAAAAACUGCUUUUAAUGAGAACUCCACACGUUUUGGGCAAGUCCUACAGCUGUAUCUCCAAAGUGGUGCUGUAGUGGGAGGAAUGGUGUCUCCAUAUCUCCUGGAGAAGUCUCGGGUUGUGUUUCAGGCUCAGGGAGAGAGGGGCUUCCAUAUUUUCUAUGAAUUGCUUUGUGGCCUUCCUGAUCAUGAGAAGCAGAGACUGUACCUUCAGGAACCAGAGACCUAUUAUUACUUGAACCAGGGUCGAGCAUGUGAGGUCCGGGGAAAGAAUGACAAACAGGACUUUGUACUAUUAGGAAAAUGCCUCCGUGCCAUUGGUCUUUCAUUCACAGAGAUGACCGCUAUUUGGACCAUUCUUAGUGCCAUCUUGCAGCUAGGCAACAUCUGCUUUACCUCCUGCGAGAAGGAUUCUUUUGGCACGGCAGCUGCUUUCAGUGCCACUGAGGUGCGAAUUGUGGCCAGCUUGCUACAAAUCUCCCCUGAAGGACUUCAGAGAGCAAUUACCCAGAGAGUCACAGUGACCUCCUAUGAUAGGGUUCUUUCUCCUCUGUCUGUUGAAGCUUCAAUAGAUGUUCGGGAUGCCAUCUCCCAGACCCUGUACUCACUGCUUUUUAAUUGGCUGCUGGAGAAAGGAAAUGAUUGGUUGCACCCACAAAGGAUGGAUAAGACUCUGAGCAUUGUAGACAUCUGUGGAUUUGAGAACCUUGGGGUCAACAGUCUGGAGCAGCUGUGCAGGAAUUAUGCCAAUGAGCACAUACAGUACUACAGCAAACAGAGAUUGGUUGUUCAGGAACAGGCUGAAUAUGCAAGGGAAGGAUUAUGCUGGGCCUCCUUGUCCCAAGAGACUGUGGGUCCCUGUCUGGGGCUUCUUACUGAACGGCCCCAUGGAAUUCUCCAUAUGUUGGAAGAGCAGAGCGGCUUGGCACAGGCCACGGACCACACUUUCCUUCAGAAAUGCCACUAUCACCAUGGUAACAACAGCUGUUACAUGAAACCCAAGCUUCCUCUCCCUGUGUUCACCCUCCAGCAUUAUGCUGGGCCAGUAACAUACCAGGUCCAUAAUUUCAUAAAUAAGAAUCGGGACAGACUACCAAUGGCAGCCACAGAAGUUCUGAGCCAAAGCCGCUUGCGGAUCCUUUCAGAACUUUUUACCCAUGGUAGAAACGCCAAUCAGCAGAAAGAGGCAGGAGCUUUUAGUAAAGGGCAAGAGCUUACUCUUACUGUGAGGUUCCAGGCAUCUCUACAGGAGCUGACCAGUCGCUUGGAGAGGGGUCACACACUGUUCAUUCGUUGCAUCACCCCCAACCCAAAACAGCUCCAAGGUAUAUUUGAUGUGGAGUUUGUAAGUUCCCAGUUAAGAAACUCUGGGAUUUUAGAGACUGUACAGCUUAUGAAGGAGGGUUACCCUAUCCGUAUCCCGCUGAAGGACUUUGUAUCUAGAUAUGGUUACCUGGUGAAAAGCAGUGCCUCAUUUGCAAAUGAACAAGAGUGCUGCGCUGCUGUCCUGACCAAGGCUGUGGGAGAUCCGUCCAAGCGUUACCAGAUUGGUCUAUCAAAGGUUUUCCUGAAGGAGGAAGGGAAGGAGAUGCUGCAGAGUUACCUAGAUGUGAUAAAAAGACAUGCUGCCAUCACAUUACAGAGAAACCUCCGUGGAUUCCUGAAUCGCAAGAACUUCCAAGUCUACAGGCACAAAAUUACUGUCAUUCAGGCCCAUGUGAGAGGUCAUCAAGCCAGGAGGCGCUAUAGGCAGCUUAAGUACACACGAGUGCAGCUUGGGGCAGUUCUUCUCAUCUCCAAGGUCCAUUCAAAGCAUCAGAAGGUUUCUCAGCAGCUAAAUGAGCCAGAUCAGGACUCCCUGCUCAACAUGGACCUGACACAACUGCCCAUCCCGGCUGAACUUGUGGCUCUUCUGAACUCUCCAGAAGUACGGUCCCAUGCUCAGAGUGCUCGGAUCACUGAGGUCUCCCCUCCACAGGUGGUGGCACAGUCUGCCCUAUCUCUUCCCACUGACAUCAACAACUUUCCAUUCUCCAACUUUAUCCAGUCGUAUUUCAAGGAUCCUACCUUGCCCCCCAUAGGGCAGCCAUUGUCUGAUCCUCUGACGCGUGUGUCCCGGAAUGAUAAUGGAGCUGCCCUUGAGCUUUAUAAACUGGCACUGCGGUUUGUGGGGGACACAUCAAUGCCCUCCUGGCAACAGAGAAUUGUGGGUAAUUAUAUUGCUGAGCGCUGCCUGCACCAACCUUCACUGAAAGAUGAGGUGCUUUGUCAAGUGGCAAGUUUGACGGUGGAGAAUAACAAUGAGGAACAGUGCCAACGGGCAUGGCUGCUGCUGUCCAUCCUGCUCAGCUGUCUCACACCCUCCCCCACUCUUGAGAAACCCCUUCUCAAAUAUGUCUCAGACCAAGGCCUAGAAGGGUACAAAGCCAUGUGCCAGCACAAAAUUUUGCGAAGCGGGUCUCGGGGCCAGAAACCCUUUGAAAACUUGCGUUCCCAUGCCCCCACCCUGAUGGAGUGGACAGCCAGUGAGAGAAGGGGGAAGAUGGUGUUGGAUUUGAUUACCUACCAUGAUGAAAAAUACACAACAGAAGUGGAUUCUUGGACAACCGGGGAGCAGAUUGCUGGCUGGCUGCUUCAGUCUAGAGGUAUGGGGGAAAUGCCCAGAGGUUGGACAGUUUCAAUCCUAGAUGGAGAUCAGUGUUUGGAUUUGCCUGGAGGGGACUUCUUACUGGAUGUUAUUGCUGAAGUAGAAGAUGGUGUCCCUCCUAACCCAGAGACAACAGAUUUACCGUUUGGAGAUAGUGGUAUUCCAGAACCCCCUCCUGAUUUUGCACCUCAACUCCCACUUGGGAAUCCAGGUUUCCCAGCUCCUAGACUACCACCUGCCCCUCCACCAGCUCCUCCUCCUCCUGGUCCUCCUCCUUUGAACAUGAAGAACAGCUCCAUUCCUCCCGCCCCACUGCUUCAGGCUCCAUCCCUGCCACAAGGCUUGGACAGACAGCAAGGACUUGAGAACUAUGUGGACGCGCUGUUCAAUCAUGUGGUGUCUCCUUCUAUGGAUUGGAAUACAGCAGAAAAUCUCAACAGGCGCAUGAAAGGAGGCGGUGGGAUCGGUCCCAAUCGCCAAGGGUCUUUCUCUACUACAGGUUAUGGAGGGAUGGCUCCUAUGCCUUCCUAUUCGAUGCCAAUGAUGAAUGGGAUGAUGCAACCGAUGGGCAAUGUGCCAAUGAUGCCCUCAAUGCCAGGUAUGAUGCCCCAGCCAAUGAUGGCUCAGCCCAUGAUGCCCCAGCCAAUGAUGCCACAGAUGAUGCCACAGGCAAUGCCCGCAUCCCAGCCAGUGAUGCCCUCAGCUGAUCCCACACAGGUGGCAGCCCAGCAGCAAGCUUUCAUUAACCAGCAGGCCCUGAUUCUGGCCCAGCAGAUGACACUUCAGGCAACCAUGAUAUCUCAGCAGCAACAGAAACAGCAGAAAAAGCAGCCUUCAUCACGAUCCAUGGAUUCUUCUCAACGCUCUCCAGAACAUUCUCCUUCUCCUGUCUGUGCUUCUAAACCUGUGCCUAAACCCAAUUUUGUUCCUGCACCCCCUUCUGCUCCUGCACCUGCAAGCCCUCCUGCUCCUCCUCCUGCACCUGUACAUUCAAAAGAUCCUCAACCUGCACCAGCUGCUCCGACACCAGCACCAACAGCCAAACCUAAACCAGAGUAUAAAGAAACAAAGGUUUUAUGGGAAAUUGAUAAUGAUGAUGAUGAUGAUUCAGACUAUAAUGAACAAAGACAAACAUUUGAAGAGAAGAGGAAAUUUUUCCAAAGGAUUGGAAGUCAAGAGAUCAAAAUAAAAUCCUUGAAGCCCCCUUCAAAAAUCCUCCUCCCAAACACAGGAGGUCAGAAUACAAUUAUUGACAGUGACAGCGAAAGUGACCAAGAACCCCCAAAAGCACCCGAACCAAAGCCAAAGCCAAAAACGCCCACUCCAAAGGUCCCGCCUCCUGCUCCCAAGAAGCCAAAUCUUAAAGACAAUGAUUCCAAAGACCCCAAAGAAGAAGAUUCCAAAGAGAAAGUUCCCGAAGACAAAGUUCCCAAAAAGAAAGAAUCCAAAAAGGGUGCGGUUGUAAAACCUGCCCCUAAGCCACAACCCAGCCAGCAAAUAAAAGAAAUCAUCAAAAUGUAUCAAAGUCGUCCUCAGCCAGAGCUGAAACCCUAUGAACCAGUCAGGAGACCAGCACAGAGCUUCCUGAAAAAGAAAGACCCCAAACAAGAGGCUCUGGAGAGACUUCGGAUGGCUGGUGGAAGUCAUUAUGAAGAUCCUGCUAAAUCUCCGGUAUACGAGGAGGUAAAUUCCUUCCAGGAUAAGCAGAGAUCUCUUAUGGAUUUGUUUCAACCCAGCUUCAUUCCUCCACCCCCCGAAAUGCAAGCUCCUAGCCUGCAGCCCCCAAAGAGUGCAGGCAGAUACCUGGAAGGGGACAACUUGGCAAACUCAUCCCUUUGCAAGCACACUGCCAGUGUCUUCUUUUCAUAUAGUGAUGUGGUCUGGAGACUGUACGUGCGAAAGGAGCUCUUUUAUCCUAAGGAGAAGUUUACCCAUCCGCACUGCUUGAACCUCCUCUGUGAGCAGAUAAUUCGAGACACAUUCUCAGAUUCUGGAUUUCGUCUCACAAAGGAUGAAAGGAGGAAGAUGAGAGACUUUUUGACUGAGUUUCAUGUGGGGACAGAUGCCAACUCUAUCACUGAGGAGUCCAUCAAGAAACGCAUUGUGAUCGCUGCCCGGGACAACUGGGAGAAUUACUUCUCCCGCCUCUUCCCAGUCAGGCUGGAGGAUGAUAUAGACCCACUGCUCCUCGGAGUUUCUCACAGGGGCAUCCGACUUGUCAAAGAUGUUCAGGCAGCAGGAAUCCAGCACAGGCACCUGAAGACUCUGUGCAGUUACAGUUUUGCAGAUAUUCUCUCUAUGGAAAUGCCCAACUCCAACAGCCUGAGGUUCUGCUUGCGACAGGAGGAGCUUCUGUUGCAUUCAGACAGAGCACAUUCCCUCAAGUCUUUAAUAGAGAUUUUUGUGCAAGAGCUGAUCAAGGACUCAAAUCAUGUAGUUGCUCUGCGCAGUUACGUCACUGAUGAUAAAAGCCUUCUCCAAUUCAAAAGGGGUGACAUCAUCAAAGUGCUCCCAAUGGAGGGACUGCAGUCAGGGUGGCAAUUUGGAUCCAUAGGAGGGCGCUCUGGUAUCUUCCCAUCUCGCAUGGUACAACCAGCAGCAGCCCCAGAUUAUUACUCAGUGCUGGAGCGGAAAGGGGAGACAAGGAAGGCACCACCAACAAAACCAGUCCUGCAGAGGAGCCUGAGCAAAGAGAGUGAACCAACAAGUGUGGCAUCCACAAUUUCAAGGACUCCAUCCUCAACUCCUCCCAUCCCAAUAGAUGCAUCACACUAUACUAUGGUGGAAUUUGCAUUGAAAUAUUUCCGGGAGGCGCAGACCAUGUUGGGCUGGAAGGGAAUGGCGGCCGAAGGAAAGAAGGCAAUUCAACUUGUACAGCACACUAAGGUUCCAAUCCAAGAGUCUCUGAUCUAUUUUGAAGACAAGGAGCUGAAUGACAUGGCUGCUAAUAAUUUCACAAAUCUGAUGAGAUUCAUGGGAGAUCAGCAAUUUCGAGAGCAGGAUGAUUUGGGAUGUGCGUUUGAAAUCCUACAGCUAUGUCGGGAGAAAUAUGUGCUCAGAGAUGAAAUCUACUGCCAAGUGAUCAAGCAAAUCACAGAAAACCCUAAACAGGAUAACUGUCAUCGUGGCUGGCGUAUACUAAGCAUCCUGACGGGAUUCUAUCUGCCAUCCCCCAAUUUACUGCCAUGUGUCACCAAGUACCUUCAGGACUAUGUCGGCACCUACCAAGAGUUGUCUCGGAUAUGUCAAGAACACCUUCGCCGAACUGUGUUAUAUCAUGGACGUAGACAUCUUCCAUCAAGAGCUGAAAUGGAUGCUUUGCUGAAUGACCGAGUAUCUCGGCGACUGAUUGUAAAGUUACCAGGAGGAGCUGAAUUCACCACCAAAAUUAAGACUUUCACUGUGGCAGCUGAUGUGGUUCCUGAAAUUUGUGAGCAAAUAAACGUCUCAGAGCCUGAGGAAAUAGAGGAAUUUGCUUUAUUUGCCAACAAGAACAAAGGUGAAGUGGUACGGCCUCUGCGUGCAGGCGAAUAUAUCCAUGACUUUCUGCUGCGGGACAACUCUGUGGAUCUUGAUUUCCGACGAGUGACGUGGAAAGCCAUCCUGAGGGGGCGCAGUGAGCUGUAUAUCCAAUUACACUUCAGCCAGAUGCUAGGUGACUACAUGCAGGGUAAAGCCUUGUUGCUAAGCCCAGGGGAUCUUCUGGGGGUGCAGACGGGUAAAGUGGCUGCGAUUCUGCACAGAAUAAAGGGCCUUAGCAGCCCACCCAGCAAGCAGGAGCUCCUAGAUUAUAUUCCCAGCUCAGUGCACAACCGUCUGAACCUACAGGCUGCACAGCAGAACCUCCUUCAGGAGCUCAGAGAGACACAGAACAUCAAUGUUCAACAGGCAAAGAUCCGAUUCUUAGAAACUGUUUCUGUUCUGCCCCUGUUUGAAUACAACGUAUUCCAUGUGAUGCGAAUAAGUGAACCUGGCAUGACAUCCCCUUGCUUUGUGGCCAUCAAUCACCAACAUGUACUGGUCUUGGAGAACAACAGCCAAGAACCAAGCAUGUGUAUCAACCUUCAAGACAUUCAGAGCAUGCGUACGAUGCGCCCUUUUGACAACAACACGCCACCAGGAGUGGAAAUCCAUUAUGGUUCGGCCUCAAACCCUUGCACAGUGUGGGUGGAACUCCAGGAGGCAAAAGAGCUGUAUCACACACUGGCCUUGGUCAUUGAAAACAUGGAGACAGCGCCGACAUAGGACCAUGAGAACCCAAACCCUGUCAAUGUAACUUAUUUGCAUUCGAUUAUUUUUGAUUUGCAGGUGCCAAGAACAAAAUAGAGUAAAAUAAUUUGGAACUGGGAUUGCCCCCACGUGCACUUAAAAGUAUUAGAGCUAUAGCACACUACAGAGUAGCUACAAGCUAUGCAGCACUUCCAUGUAGGGGUGGCCCAAGGAACCUCACAUUCAUGUAAGUGGGUUUGGAUCCAAAGAGCAUAGUCACAUCUGACCCCCUACAUGAUGCUACCUGUGCUGUUGCUCUUACAGGGAGGCUUUAAGGGGCACAGGGGCUAGGAUCAGUUAGCCUGACUUUUAUAUAAGUACUGUGAUGGGAAAGGCUCAAUAUCUUCUCUAAUCACAGUGCUUUUGGUUAUCAGAAUCAAGAAUAUGUAGAGUUCAACAGAGUAAAAAUACUGAUUAUUAAUAUAAUUUGCAAUGUGUUAAUAAAACUCUCCCGUACUGAGCUGUUUUAAAUAAUGAACUAUUAAAUAUGAUAUAGAGAAAA